UUCGGGGGGCUCCAGGUCCAGCCCGCCAGCCGCGAGCCACAAGAUGGCACCGAAGGGCCGCGGCGGCAGGGGCGCAGCCGCCGCGGAGCAAGCGGCGCAGGAGGCCGCGCGGGAGCGGGAGGCCGAGGGCGAGCCGGUGGAGCAGGCUGCGGAGGACGAGGAGGAGGAAGACGACGAGGACCUGGAGGCCGAGUUCGACGUCGACUCGGACGACGAGGACGAGGAGGACGAGGAGGGCGAGGAGGAGGCCGGCGAGGCGGACGCCGAGCAGGAGGAGGGCGCGCCCGCAGCCGACGACGGCGAGCGCGGCGCCGAGGGGGCGGCCACCGCGGAGGCCGCCGCCGGCGCCGGCGAGCCUGCGGCGACCGAGGCGGGUGGCGAGGAGCCCGCCCCGCCGCCCGCCAAGCGGGGCAGGCGCAGCAGCCGCGCGCCAGCCGCGGGCGACGCGUCGGCGCCGAGCGCGGAGGCGGCCGAGGCCGAGGCGCCGGCCGCGGGCGACGCGCCGGGGCCGAGCGCGGAGGCGCCGACCGGCGUGGGCGCGCCGGCGGCGGAGGCGGCCGAGGCCGAGGCGCCGCAGGCCGAGGCCGCGGCCGCGGAGGACGGUGGCGUCCUGGCGCCGCCGAAGCCGGAAGAGCCCCAGGGGCCGCGGUCAAGGCUGAUGAUCCGGGAAAUCGUGCUCACGAAUUUCAAGUCGUACGGCAACCGAAAGGUGAUCGGCCCCUUCCACAAGUCCUUCUCAUCCAUCGUGGGGCCCAACGGCAGCGGCAAGUCCAACACGAUCGACGCGCUGUUGUUCGUGUUCGGCAGGCGUGCCAAGAAGAUGCGCCUCAACAAGGUGUCCGAGCUGAUCCAUCAGUCCGCCGAGCUACCCAACGUGCCCAGCGCGAAGGUGGAGGUGACGUUCCAGGACAUCAUCGACACCGGCGACGGGCCAGAAGACUACGAGAUCGUCGAGGGAUCGUUGCUCUGCGUGGGGCGCGAGGCGUUCAGGAACAACCAGUCCAAGUACUACAUGGACGGGAAGUCCAGCAACUUCACCGAGGUGACCCAGGUGCUCCGCAAGCGCGGCGUGGACCUGGAGCACAACCGCUUCCUCAUCCUGCAGGGCGAGGUCGAGCAGAUCUCUCUCAUGAAGCCGAAGGCCCUGACACCGCACGAGGACGGCCUCCUGGAGUACCUGGAGGACAUCAUCGGCUCGAACCGCCUCGUGGAGCCGAUCGAGCAGGCGGAGGCCGCGGUCGAGCAGCUGACGGAGGGGCGCCAGGAGAAGCUCAACCGCCUCCGCGUGGCCGAGCGCGAGAAGGAGAGCCUGGACGGCCCUCGCAGGGAGGCCGAGGCGUGGGUGAGCGCCGAGGCCGAGAGGCUGGAGGUCGGGGCGCUGCUGGCGCAGUCGGAGGCCGCCCGCAGCCACGCGGGCCUGGGGGCCCUGGAGGAGCAGCACCGGGUGCUAGAGGGGCACAUGCAGGGGCACCGGAAGAAGAUGGAGGGCUUCGAGAAGCAGGUGGCGGCAAUCGAGAAGGAGCACAACGCGCGGCUUCAGGACUACAACCAGCUGAAGGAGAAGAUGGAGAAGGCGGGCGCCGCGUUCCAGGAGUUCGAGAAGCAGGACGUCAAGUUCACAGAGGACAUCGCCUUCCAGCAGCAGAAGCUGGAGAAGUUAAAGCAGACGGCGGACCAGGAGAGGGCGAACGCAAAGAAGCUGCUUGAAGACGCGGAAGACCUAAGGAACGAUGCACCAACGCGCGAGAAGGAGUUAGAGAGCGCGAAGCGCUUCAGGGCCAGCCAGGAAGAGAAGCUCGAGAAGAUCAAGCUCGGCCUAAAGGGCAAGGCGGAAGAGCUGCGGCCCCUGAAGGAGGCCAAGGAGGCCCAGCUGGUGCCCAUCCAGAAGAAGCUCACCGAGGUCCGCAAGGUCGUCGACGUGGCGAAGACGGAGGCCGACUUCAUUCGGGAGAAGACGGAGGGAGUCGCAAAGCAGAUCGAGGACAUCAAGGGCCAGCACGAGCAAUGCAGCCAGACGCUCAAAGCCCGGGAGGAGGACGCCAAGCAGGCGUCCAAGCGCAAGGCCUAUUCCCUGAGGCUGGUCGGCGAGGGGAAGAAGAAGUUGGAGGUAACGGGAGCCCAAAUUGACCAGCUGAGCCGGGAGGUCAUGGCCAUGCAAGCGAAGGCCGCGGAGGCAAAGUCCCAGCACGAAGAGGAACACGACCGCGGCAGGCUCAUCAGGUCUGUCUACGAGCAGGCCAAGGCCGGCAGGCUGAAGGGCGUGCACGGCCGGUUGGGGGACCUCGGGACCAUCCAGAAGAAGUACGAUGUGGCCGUGUCCACAGCGUGCGGCUACUUGAACGCCAUCGUGGUGGACACCACGGAGGACGCACAGGCUGUGAUCCAGUUCUGCCGAGAGAGGGAGCUUGGGCAGUGCACGUGCAUCUGCUUGGACAAGCAGAAACAUCUGGAGGCACAGGCGCGGCAGCCGAUGCAGACGCCAGAGGAUGUGCCCCGCCUGUUUGACCUGAUCCAGCCGACCAAGGAGGAAUACCGUGUGGCAUUCUUCUUCGCCUUGGGCGCGACGCUCGUGGCCAAGGACCUGGACGAGGCCUCUCGCGUCGCCUACGGCAAGAAGCGCUGGAGGGUAGUGAGCUUGAUGGGCGGGCUCAUCGAGACCAACGGCACCAUGAGCGGAGGCGGCGGCAAGGUGCAGCGGGGCGGCAUGCGCGCCUCCGUGUGCCAGUACAGCACGGAGGAGGUGAAGGCCUUCGAGCAGGCGUACGAAAAGGGCAGAGAGCAAGUAAGAGCCUUGAGGCAAGAGAAGGCCAGCUUGGAGGAGGCGCUCCAGCAGACGGAGAAGGAGAUCGCAGACGCAGAGCUUCAGGAGAAGAAGUGCAGCAUGGAGGCGGCCAGCCUCCAGAAGCAGGUAGACGCGUACAGUAAGCGCCUCGCCGAGCUCAAGGUACCGUCGUUGUCGUCUGGGGAGAAGUCUAAACUGAAGGACCUGGAGAAGAUCAUCAGCAGCCGGUCCAGCGAGCUGAACAAGGUUCAGGCGGAGCACCAGGCUGUCGAGGACGAGGUGCGAAAGCUGCACGACCAGAUCAUGAACAUCGGGGGGGAAGAGCUCAAGAACGCGACGGCGAAGGCGGAGGAGGCUACCAAGAAGUGCGAGGAGCUCCGCAAGAACAUGAAGAAGGCACUUCUUGACGCUGACAACAUGGUAAAGAAUUCUAAGGUCGCCGAGGAGGCGGCCAAGGCGGCCCUGAAGGACCAGGCCAAGAUAGAAAAGGAGCUUGUCAGGCUAAGGGAGGAGCACGCGAAGCUCGACGACAAAGCGGAGCAGGUUCUCAACACCUACAAUGGGAUCAAGGACGAACUCGUGCAGAAGGACGAGUUGCUCCAGACGCUCCGCCAGAAACGCGAAGAGGUCAUCGGCCAGGCGAACGCUCUGAAGGAGCAGGAGGUCGACCUUGUCCACGAAAUGGAGCAGAAGACGCGCACGCUGAGGGAACUGCAGGCUCGCAUCAGGGCGUGGGGCGAGAAGCUGGCCCAGUACCGGCAGGAGUACGAUCAGCUGCCCCUCGACCUCCUCGGCGAGCUUCGCGGGCCCCCCGACGCGCAGGAGGCGCAAGGCGGCGCCGAGCUGCUGCCGCGGAGAGCCAUCAGGGAGGACCUGCAGGAGCGGGAGCUGCAGCAGGUGGUGAGCGCCGACGCGGAGGCCCGCGUGCUUGCGCUCGAGGCCAACGUGAAGGACCUGAAGCCAAACCUUGCGUCUAUCGAGGAGUUCCGGCGCGCCGACAAGGAAUACAGGUCUCGGCUGGCAGACUACGACGAGGUGCACGGAAAGCGCGAGGAGGCUCGCCGUCAGUUGGAGUCGUUGCGGCAGCAGCGCCUCGAGGAGUUCAUGGACGGCUUCUCUGUGAUCUCCAUGAAACUCAAGGAAAUGUACCAGAUGAUCACUCUCGGCGGCGAUGCGGAGCUCGAGCUGGUCGACACCCUUGACCCCUUCAGUGAGGGCAUCAACUUCAGCGUGCGCCCCCCAAAAAAGAGCUGGAAGCAGAUCACGAAUCUGUCAGGUGGCGAGAAGACGCUGGCGUCGUUGUCGCUAGUCUUUGCCCUGCACCACUACAAACCGACCCCCUUGUAUUUCAUGGACGAGAUCGAUGCCGCCCUGGACUUCCGGAACGUGUCCAUCAUCGCCAACUACAUCAAGGAGCGUACCAAGAACGCGCAGUUCAUCGUCAUCUCUCUGCGAAACCACAUGUUCGAGAUGGCCGACCUGCUCGUGGGCAUAUACAAGACGCAGGACAUCUCGAAGUCCGUGGGCAUCAACCCCUACGCCUUCGAGGUCAGGAAGCCCGCGGCCCCUCAGCCUGGCCAGAAGGCCCUCCAGGAAGAACCGCCCGCUUCCCAGCCGCCCGCCAAGCGCCGGGCGCUCGCCGCAGCGCCAGAGGCGCCCGCGCACGACAUCGACUGA